AUGGACUCCAUGGACAACAACGCAUUUGCAGAGUCCUCUAGUUAUGGUAUAAACAACAUUCAGUUCGAAAGAUACGUGAGCUCACAAUCAGAGGGUUUAUCCUCUGAUAGGCUUCCUGUAAAUGAUACUUUUGAGGCCAGAAUUCCAAGCAUACAUCGCAGUCAAGCUGAUGUCCGAGACACUGAUAGGCUUGGAGGGGUGAAUGAAAGAUUUUACAGAGAGGGUAACAGGAGAAGCAGUGAAUCCAGCCGGUCUAAUUCUAGAAAGUCUAGUGCAGAUUUCAGUGGUGUCGACUCACUUGUGAAUGAACAUGAAAUAGCAGGCAGAAAUACCCAGAACAGCUCGUCUGGAGCUGAGCGUGGCAAUGUUUUGGAUAAAUCAAGUGGGAUGAGACACUCUUUUCGACCAGAGACUAGUGGCACUUUAGAUGAACUGAGUGAGAGAAGAUACUCUGGUGAAGUGGAAUCUACUAAUGAUUUGCAGGAUGAUUUUAUAUCUGCUAAAUAUUCUACCCGUGCUUCCUAUCAUUCUCAUUUGUCACAUUCAAGCACUUACGUUGAUGAGCAAGAUGUUAUGAGUAAUCAGAAGGAGGAGGAGGAGGAUGUUGCUGAAAACCCCUUUGCCGAUUUUGAUGAAGAAAACUUCCAGAAAGAUAAUAAAUCAGCAAUUGAAAGCACUGCAGUAGCUUUUGAUGAUUAUGGUUCAGAUGGUGAUGACUAUGGGUUUGAUUUGGACAAAGGAGCAGAGCCCAGUGUGAAGACCUCACAACCAAGCUGGGAAUCACCUAGCUAUCCAUCAGCAAGUAUCAGUUCGCCAAGCCCCAAAAGGACCACAGUUGACACAUUUACAAAGAUUACUCCCCAAUCAAGUUUCUCCACUAGCCAGCACGGUCCUAUAUUUUCUGGCGAUUUAGCUGAUUCUACAGUUCAUUCACAAGCAGAUGAACUUGCGCCUGUGACCUUUGAUGAGUCAGAUGGGCCAAGUUCAGAAAGUGAAGUGGAGCAGAGCGAUUAUAAGGAAGAGAGAGUAUAUUCCAGUUUUGGAUCUCAGAAAAAGUUUGGAAUUGGUGAUUUACCUUCUAGUUCAGGGAAAUACUCGCUUAAUUCAAAGAAUAAAGGAUUGGAUACCUCUGAUGAUCCUGUAGAUAAGAAGCACCAGAGUCAGCCCUUCAAUGCUUAUGAAGAUGCUUUGGUUCAUGAAGUUGAGGAAAGUGCUUCUGUAUUUUCAGAACGUGGUACAAUAGAUGAUUCUAAAUCUUCACAUGAAGAUAGUUACGAUAGUGAUUUGGGUUUGACAUUUGGAAGAUUGACUGGUGGUCUGAAAAAUAAAGGUAAUAGGCAUCCCGCAAAUUUGAGGAGCUCAGCAGGUGAUGCUUCGUUAUCUAAACAAACAGCUGAAUACACGGCAAAGGAAACAUCCUCUUCUUUCCGACUUAAUUUAUCAGAUGAUUCUGUAGUUCAGCAAGAACCGGAGAGUGUGGAAGUGGGUUCCAGAGGGCCAGCUUUCACAUCUUUUGGUUCUGGUAGUGAUCAGAUUCCUGAGAAAACUGUUUCGCAAGAUAAUUCCAGAAGCCAUCGAGAACGGCAGGUUCAGAAGGUGGAGCAGGUAGUGGAUGAUACGUUUACAAGAAGAGCAAGCACAAGGCCGGUCAUCCCAUCUCUUGGUCCUUAUGGCAGUUAUGCUUCAGAAAGGACUAGCCAAGGCCAAAUUUCAGACAGCCAUCCGGAAUCUUACCCUCAGCAGGAGUCAGAAGUAAAUGAAACUGAAAGAUCAAGUUCCAGAGGUUCAAGUGCAUCUUUUGAAUUAAGAGAAGAACAGCGUGGUUCAAGAACCCGCCGGGAACGGUAUAUAGAGAAGAUGCAGCCAGAAGUGGAUGACAACUUGACAAGAAGAGCAAGCACGAGGCCAGUGAUCCCAUCUCUGGUCUCUGACGGCAUUUAUGCUCCAGAAGGAACUAUGAAAGAACAGAUUUAUAACAGUGGUUCUGAACCUUAUACUCAGGAGGAGUCCGAAGUGAAUAAAAGAUCAGGCUCCACUGGUUCAUCCACAAACAGUAGAGAACGUAUAGGUGCUGGGCUUUCUCGAAGGACAAAGGCAGGUGCUCCAAGUGCUCACAGAAAUACCAACUUGAAGUCAACUUUUGCCUCUGAUGAAUCCAAAGAACGUAGUGCGGAUUCAAGAUCCUCUCUGAGGAGCUCUUAUCUAACUGAAACUUCAACAAGGCCUCACUCUGCGGCCAAUGAAGCCUAUAGUUUAAGAAGUUCUGAACAGUCGAGGUACAGUAAGGAAGCAAAGGGCAAGCCCAUUUCGGAAACCAAAAGAUCGUCUCGUGAGGAGACCUCAAAUUCUACUGCAAUGGAACAACCUUCGUCUUCAAUUUCAAAGAAAACUUCAUCCAGUAAGUCAGGUAUGAGUGAAGAUAGUCCAAAGUCUACCGCAAGAGAGCAACCUUCCUUGCCCAUUCGAAAGAAGGUUUCAUCUGCUAAGUCAGAGAUGAGUGAAAGUUCUAAGGCUGCAACUCCGAGCUUGGAGUCUGCAUCUAGGGAGGAUUCCUUCAAUCGAGCAAGUCACGUUCAUCCUAAGCUUCCCGACUAUGAUACUUUUGCUGCCACUAUGCAGUCACUUCGAGCUAAUCGGAAGUAA